AUGCCUACUCCACUCGAUCGAGCUCUGAACUCCAAGAAUCUAUUCCUCGGCUUCGCUGGGAUGGUCACCGCGGUAGCCGCCUGGUCAAUCUGGGGCUCCGAUGUGUUUCCCGCAGAGUCAGACCCCACUGGAAAUCCCGAGGACUGGACGUCCGAUGAUAUGAGACGCUGGCUUCGGGCGCGCGGGCUCAUGCCAAAUGAGAAUGCGUCGCGGGAAGAGCUACUGGAGCGAGUGAAAGCGAAUCUGCGCAUUCCGCGCAAGUCGACCUCGGCAGCGUGA